GCGCACAAUUUUUGUUUAUUUAGUUAAGCAUAAUAAAUGGAUUCUCUGUCUACUGUAAGACAUUGGGUUGUUGUGUACUUACUUGCCUUCCUGUUUUCAUGGCUGUAUAUCUUGAAGUUUUUAAUUGAAGUGUGGAAACAUCGUAAUUCAAAAGAGUCAUCCACAAUAAAGGAAGCACCAAGUUGUCUAAACAACCCAGACUUUGGAACGCAUCAGACCGUUACACUCAAAGGGCAGUAUAAUCUCAAUAUUCAUUAUGUAGCAAAUGGUUUGAGGGAAAAACCCUUGAUGUUAUUUCUUCAUGGUUUUCCAGAUUUUUGGUACGGAUGGAGAUAUCAGCUGAAAGAAUUUUCCAAGGAUUACUAUGCAGUAGCUAUUGAUCUUCCAGGGUAUGGCGAAUCAAGCAAACCUGAUGAAGUUUCCAAAUACAGCAAAGAAGAGCUAGCAAGGGAUGUAAAAGAAUUUAUAACAGAACUUGGUUAUUCAUCUUGUGUUUUGGUUGGACAUGAUUGGGGUGGUAUUAUAUCUUACAAAUUUGCUGCAGAUUAUCCCGAAAUGGUUGACAAGCUAAUUAUCAUAAACAGUCCCCAUCCUGCAGCUUUUAGAAAAGGAAUGAAAACGUUGAAGCAGUUGUUGAUGUCAAGCUACAUUUUCUUCUUUCAGCUUCCAUGCAUUCCGGAUUAUAUGUUGUCUGCUGGAGGUGCUGCCUCAUUAGAUGGCUUGCGUGAUGAAAAAGUUUUCAAAAAUAUAGAAAACUUUACAGAAGAGGAUCUGAAAGCUUAUAAGUUUACGUUCCAAAGAGGUGGCUUUACUGGACCGUUAAACUACUAUCGCAUGUUGUUUGAAAUACCAAAGGUGAAACCAGUUCGUAUGCAAAUGACAAUGCCAUCAAUUAUUAUUUGGGGAGUGGAUGACAGAGCAUUGGGUACAUCACUUGCAACGUUGUCGUCUAACUAUUUUGAUCAGGUGGAGCUGAAAUACAUCGAUCGAGCCUCGCAUUGGCCACAUGUUGAUCAACCUGAGACAGUCAACAAACACAUAAGUGAAUUUCUUCAACAAACUGAAUAAGGUUAAAAUGUAUACAGUAAUGUCUUUCAAUGACUGAAUACAGAAUUACCUUGAAACAUGUUCUGACUGUUAUUUAAUUUUGUUCAGUUGUUGUGCAUCUUUAUAAUUCUUACGAAGUUGCUAUGGGAAUAGUCCUGAAGCGGUUGUCAUUCAAGCUGAAAGAUUCUUUGUCUUUUUAAGGCUUGGAUUUCUUAAUUUUAAAUCUUGACACUGAAAUAUUCUUAUUUUUAUUGAGAUUUAAAACUUGAAGGGAUUUUCUUGUUUUUUUUUGUUAUUUAAAAAGGAGUAUUCUAUUUAUGUAAAAUAUUCUUAUGUUUUUUUGAGAUAAAAAUAAGGCCAUUGGCCAUUAAUUGGC